GCAGAAGAGCCUGCCUCAGUAGUUUCUGGACCUUAAUACACCUAAGGACAGUAUGUCUGACAACCAACAAAAUAAGAGGAGAAGCAAAGAAGUUUGUAGAAAUGCGGCUGCUCUUCAGAAUCCAGAUAAGAUAAUGAAAGAAAUGCAUCAGUCAUACAAAGCACUAGGAAAAAACAGCCAAAUAGCACGAACAUCCAGACCGUGGCCAGAUCAACAAGUGGCAUGUUUUCCAAGUACAAAUCAGUUAGCAUUACCGAUGAGACAUCACACUUUACCUUUCUUCCUGAAGAAAGAGAACGUAGGGCGUGGCUUUGACUUCAGCUUUCUGCUACAGGCCUCAGGCCCAGAAUCUAACAUUUCAAAAUCAUUUGUGGAUUUAGAUGCUUUUCAGAUAAUAAAAGCACAAAUACAACAAAGGUUAAAUAUAACAAUGCUAAAAACCAGGAACAAGAGAUCUGAGUUUCAUUUGCCACCAGUGACAUUUCAGCCUGUAAGAACAAUUCAUCUUGCUCCUCUAGAGGAUAAUAUUGUCAUUGAAAGCACCAACAUCAGAAAUAUUUUGAAUAUUAUGAACUCUAUUCCUCAGCCUAUAAAACCAGUUACUAAGUUUUAUCGUUAUCAGUUAGCCAAUCUAUUAAAAAGGCACACUGAGAAGUCAUCAGACCUGAUUGUGGCUACUGUUUCUGAUAAGUUCACUCCAGUGAAAGACCUGUACUACUUCAGCAUGAAUAACUAUUAUAAGUACCCUAGCAACAAGAAAGAAGAAAUUCAAAGCAAUUUAAAAUGGAGGGAAGCUGAUGUAGCUACCAAUACUGAAAAGAAUGACCAGAUGAAGUACCAGUUUUCAGUGGCCUGUAAGAACGUAGAUCUUAUGACCCAAGCCAGUUUCUAUGAUGAUAGUCAUCCCUACUUGAGCUCCACUAAUGCUCUGAUAAACUGUGGAAUAUUUACAGCUCAGGCAACAUUUACAAUGUCAAGCAACAGAGAUGCCUCGAGAGCUGCCAAUAAGGAAAGAAGAGCAGAGAAUUGCUCUAGAACUGGUCUAGAAGAAGGAAAUGCUGCAGAGAUGAUACUGGAUUAUAGACCACAUGAAGAUGCUGAGGGUGAGAACUUUGUGCUUGACAAUCAUGAUUUAGAUUCUUCCUGUAAAAAUGAAGUGAUAGAGGCCUACCAUGCCUUAGAAGAUAAUUCUGUAGCUGCAGUAAUUCCCAGAGUAGAAGUGCAAGAUCCUUCUGGAAAACAGACAGAAAAUAAUGUUUGUCUCUCUGAAUUUGAAAUGGAAAAAGAAGCAAUGUCAGAAGCAACUUCAAAAGACGAAAGUGAGCUUGUACCUGUUGUUCAUGUUACAUUCUCUGAACAAGAACCAGCUAGGGAACCACACAUUGCUAAACCUGCCACAAAAAAGAGGGUCAUUCGUAGCCUGCCUCCUCAUGUUACUCAGAGCUUCAACAUUCUUGCUCGCAAAGAAAAUGACAAAAGUAAAAUAAAGAUGAAUAGAAAUAAAUAUUCAUCAAAAUCUAAAAUUAGUAGCAAGAUAAAGAUAUCUGAAGACUUAAUUGUUUCUGAUGCGAUUUCCACAAAAUGUAAUGCCAAGAGUCAGAUCUUUCCGUCUUUGGAACUGCCGCACAUAGAAUCUGAGACUUCCCUGAAGCGCCAGAAAAAAAAACCUCAAGCAGACAAAGACAAUUUUGCUCAGAGUGCUCAGAAACUUAAAAAGCAAAGUUUCUCCUGCAGUUGCAAAAGUUCAGUUAUCUUAAAGAAACCUGUUACUCCACUUUCUCUACCACAUGCACAGUCUGCUUCAGACUUUGUAGAUCUGAAAUACAGUGACAUGUUCAAGAAAAUAAAUUCAAAUGACAAAGGCCCAGGUAUUUAUGAAAUGUUUGGAACUCCUGUCUAUUCCCACAUGCGCGAGCUUGAACAACAUGAGAACAGAUUUUGCAGAGAUGUUUGUUCAGCUCCAUCUGGGAGAUGCACUGCUAGCACCUGCAGAUCUACCUGCAGUAAAGGGAGAGAGAGCAGCCGAGUAAGAAAUACUCAAAAAAGAACAUAUUCUAAGCCAAAAAAGACCAUACCUGGCACUAAACAAAAGCAGAAAGGUUUAAUUACAAAGGACGGAAGUACUGAGUUGAGUGACAGCAACACAGAGCAAGAUAAUGUAAUAACUUCUGAUGCAGAUUUUCAAAUAAACACUUCAAGAAGCAUGACAUUGUUUCAUGAAGACACAAAUCAUCAGCUUACGUUUUUAGAAGAGCUUUCACAAUCAACUAAGCAAAAUAAAUUUUUUUCAAAUUCAAACUUAUCAACUAUUAAAGAAGUUUCUUUGGAGCAGUCUUUAGACAGUCAGGAUAUAUCCAGCCAUCAGAGAGCUGCUACCUGUAGCCAGAAUCUUCUUCAGUUCAGUGAUAAAGACUACAGAGAAUGUGUUGCUCUAAGUAGCAGUCUGCUAACAACAGACCAGAACAUUUGUGUGCCCCAGUGCAGGGUGGAUAUGGAUGGCUGCAAAGGCCUGGAAUCAGACCAGGCCUCCUUCAAGUCUAUAAGUAAAUGUGAAGCAUUGCCCUUUUCAGAUAGACUGGAGUGUCAAUCCCCUACAAAAAAAUUAAAUCACAGUUGGGCACACACACCUCAGAACAGUGGUUUGGCAAAUGAAUUGACUCAGCCUUCAAUGAUUCAGACAAAAAAUGUCACAAGCCCCAGUUUCCAGACAAGUCAAAACAUUUUGUCCUGGGCAGAUAAUAAGGAUGUGACUGAUGAGUUGCUUUGUUGUCUGGCUGAAGAAUUGCUAAUGCUUGAAGAAAAAGACAUCAACUCUUCAAGAACAAAAAAUACAAGUUCUAAAAUGCAAAAUACACAUACUAAAGAAGAAGAAAAUAUGAUGAAUGGAGAUGGAGCAAUAGUAAAUAGUGCUCUAGAGAAGAGUUACAGUAAAGCCUUUUUGGCAUCAAAUGAAGAAAGUGACCUGCUAAACUUUGAGGAGUCUACUAAAUUACCAGGAAGCAGUUCAACUAACAAAGAUCCUAUCAUGUGGACAAGAGGUGAAGUCCUUGGAAAGGGAGCCUAUGGCACGGUAUACUGCGGUCUGACAAGCCAGGGACAAUUAAUAGCUGUAAAACAGGUUGUUUUGGAUACAUCAGAUCAACUCACUACAGAAAAGGAGUAUCAGAAGUUUCAUGAGGAAGUUGAUCUUUUGAAGACAUUGAAGCACGUCAAUAUUGUAACUUAUUUAGGAACUUGUCUGGAAGACAACAUUUUAAGCAUUUUCAUGGAGUUUGUUCCUGGUGGCUCGAUUUCUAGUAUUAUUAAUCGUUUUGGUCCAUUGCCAGAAAUUGUCCUUUGUAAAUAUACAAAACAAAUUCUACAAGGGGUUGCAUAUUUACAUGACAAUUGUGUGGUACAUAGAGAUAUCAAAGGCAAUAAUGUUAUGCUCAUGCCAAAUGGUAUAGUAAAGCUAAUUGACUUUGGCUGUGCCAGGCGUUUAGCUUGGGUAAGCCUCAGUGGCACACAGAGUGAGAUGCUCAAGUCUGUGCAUGGGACUCCAUACUGGAUGGCACCAGAAGUUAUAAAUGAAUCUGGAUAUGGAAGAAAAUCAGACAUUUGGAGUGUUGGCUGCACCGUGUUUGAGAUGGCAACAGGAAAACCGCCACUGGCUUCCAUGGAUAGGAUAGCAGCCAUGUUCUAUAUUGGGGCCCACAGAGGACUGAUGCCUUCCCUACCUGAUCGAUUCUCCGGCACUGCAAUGGAUUUUGUGCAUGCAUGCUUAACCAGAGAUCAACAUGAACGCCCUUCUGCUCUGCAGUUGCUGGACCAUCCCUUUAUGAAAGGAAGACAGUGAAUUUUUCAAAACUCUUUCCAAAUGAGUAUACAUUUUCCAUGCAAAAAAAUUCCACUUGUGAAAACAGAUCAGAAGAAACGGGACUUAAAAGUGACAGCAGAAAUUACUAGAGAGCAAUUGUGUGCAAGGAGUCUAUUAUGAAA